UAAUAAACGCAGAAACACAAUUUGUAGGCGGCAGAGAAUUGUUUUGGUUCUUUUUGUUUUAUUUUUCUGGGUUAUCUCGAACAAAGAACAAAAAACCCUAGAAGAAGAAGAUGAACAACAAGUUUCUAGCUUUCUACUGAUUUUCACUUUUCUCUCAAGAUUCCUAAGUUAUAAUCAGAGGAUUUAGAUAAACUCAAGCUAUUUUCUUCGAUUCACUUUGAUUUGAGCCUUAUCGGAGACAUAUUCUUCAAUUCCAGCUCUGGUGCUGAGUUCGAAUGGAGUAGAUUUGCUUAAUUUGGAUCUGAAAAUUUCCAUUGUAUUCAACAGAGAUUCGGAGCUCUGCGACUUCCCUUUGGAGACAGUGCUUUGGUCUAGAAUGUUCGAUACGGAAUCUCACCACUCAGAUUCAGCUCUUUUCGUGUAUUUUACGACUCUGAAGCUUAUCAUUUGUCAGAGAGAACAAGUUUCAUCUUCAUUGUGCAUUGAAGACAUCUUUGCUCCAGCACAGAGCUGAGAUUGUAACAAGCCUUAAAUCUUCUCUUGUGUCUUUGCUUGUAUAAUUCUGGGAGUAUGGUACCAUCAGAACCGCCUAAUCCAGUUGGUAGUGGCGAAAGCGUUCCACCUUCUAUGUUAGGAGGCCAAGGAGGAGCUCCUCUUCCUUCACAACCAGCAUUUCCUUCACUCGUUUCUCCGCGUACUCAGUUCGGUAACAACGUCAGUAUGAGUAUGCUUGGGAACGCGCCAAACAUAUCUUCCCUUCUCAACAAUCAGUCUUUUGUAAAUGGUAUUCCCGGGUCAGUGAUUUCCAUGGAUACCGGUGGGGCUGAGUCAGACCCUUUGUCGAAUGUCGGGUUUAGUGGUCUGUCGUCUUUUAAUGCACCGAGUAUGGUAUCUCCACGCUCAUCAGCUCAAGUUCAGGGUCAGCAAUUUACGAACGUUUCGUCUAACCAGUUGUUGGCAGAGCAGCAACGGAAUAAGAAAAUGGAGCCUCAGAGUUUUCAACACGGUCAGCAGUCAAUACAACAGCAGCAGCAGUUUCCGACAGUGCGUGGAGGAGGUGUGGGACCUGUCAAGUUGGAACCUGGUCAGGUUUCAAACGACCAGCAGCACGGUCAAGUACAACAGCCGCAACAGAAGAUGUUGAGAAAUCUAGGAUCGGUGAAGUUGGAACCGCAGCAACUUCAGGCCAUGAGAAGCAUGGCGCAAGUGAAAAUGGAACCUCAACAUUCAGAGCAGUCAUUGUUUCUCCAACAGCAGCAGCAGCAGAGGCAACAGCAACAACAACAACAACAGCAGCAGCAAUUUCUUCAAAUGCCGGGGCAAUCUCCACAAGCUCAAAUGAACAUAUUUCAUCAGCAGAGACUUAUGCAAUUCCAACAACAGCAAUUCCUGAAAUCGAUGCCUCAACAGCGUCCUCAAUUACCACAGCAGUUCCAACAGCAGAGUUUACCUCUGAGGCCACCUCUGAAACCAGUGUAUGAACCUGGCAUGGGUGCUCAGCGACUUACACAGUAUAUGUACAGGCAACAACAUAGGCCUGAAGACAAUAACAUCGAGUUCUGGAGAAAAUUCGUAGCUGAGUACUUUGCUCCGAAUGCGAAGAAGAGAUGGUGCGUUUCUAUGUAUGGCAGUGGCCGGCAAACAACUGGCGUUUUUCCUCAGGAUGUGUGGCACUGUGAGAUAUGUAAUCGAAAGCCUGGACGUGGAUUUGAGGCAACCGCCGAAGUCCUCCCGCGGCUAUUUAAGAUAAAGUAUGAGAGUGGCACUUUGGAAGAGCUUUUAUAUGUCGAUAUGCCAAGGGAAUCUCAGAAUUCAUCUGGUCAAAUUGUCCUGGAGUACGCAAAAGCAACACAAGAGAGUGUAUUUGAGCAUCUUCGAGUUGUUCGUGAUGGCCAACUUCGAAUAGUGUUCUCUCCAGAUCUUAAGAUAUUCUCUUGGGAAUUUUGUGCUCGGCGGCAUGAAGAGCUUAUUCCACGAAGGCUUUUGAUACCACAGGUUAGUCAGCUUGGAUCAGCAGCUCAGAAAUAUCAACAAGCCGCUCAAAAUGCAACAACAGAUUCUGCUCUUCCGGAGUUACAAAAUAAUUGCAACAUGUUUGUUGCAUCUGCUAGACAGUUGGCAAAGGCCUUGGAAGUACCACUCGUGAAUGAUUUGGGAUACACAAAGAGAUAUGUUCGGUGUUUGCAGAUCUCAGAGGUGGUAAAUAGUAUGAAGGACUUGAUAGAUUAUAGCAGAGAAACAAGAACAGGACCAAUCGAGAGUUUAGCCAAGUUUCCUCGGAGAACAGGCCCUUCAACUGCACUGCCUGGUCCUUCUCCUCAGCAACCAAGUGAACAGCUUAGGCAGCAGCAGCAGCAGCAGCAGCAGCAGCAAGCAGUUGCCCAAAUUGGAAACAACGAUCAGAGUUCUGGUCAAAGUUCAGUAAACUAUGCCUUCAAUACAGGUUCUGCAUCAACCUCCACAAGCAGCAUCGCUGGCCUCAUCCACCAGAAUUCAAUGAAGCAAAGGCAUCAUCAGAAUGCUGCUUACAAUCCUCCAAACAGUCCCUAUGGUGGGAACACUGUUCAGAUGGCAUCACCUAGUUCCUCGGGUACCAUGGCGCCAUCAUCCCAGCAACAACAACAACACAACCUGCCAUCAUUUCAAUCUCCGACUUCCUCAUCUAACAACAAUAACCCCUCUCAAAACGGGAUAACAAACUCACCAGCGAUUCAGCAGACUGCGGCUGAGGCUGAAGCGAACGAGUCAAGCUCGGUGCAGAAGAUACUGAAUGAAAUCCUGAUGAAUAACCAAGCUCAUAAUAGCUCAGGAGGAGGAGGAAGCAUGGUUGGUUCUUUUGGUAACGAUGGGAAGGCAGUUAGUAAUGUAAAUAGCUCUGGUGUUCUGAUGAUGAAUGGUCAAGUGAACAACAACAACAACAGCAACCCAAGUAUUGGAGGUGCUGGUGGGUUUGGUGGUGGGAUGGGUCAGUCGAUGAAUAUUAACGGGAACAAUGGUCUGAUGAACGGAAGAGUUGGGAUGAUGGUGCGUGAUCCAAACGUGCAACAGGAUCUAGGAAGCCAACUCUUAGGAGCAGUCAAUGGUUUCAACAAUUUUCAGUGUGAUUGGAACGGGUGAGAGAUGGUGAUGAAGAAGAAAGGGUAAUGAAUGUUCUCUGCUUGGGAAGCAUCACAAAAAUCUGAGGAUUAAGGAUUUGGGCCUUAAGCCGCGAUGAGAUACUGUGCUUAAAGAAAGGGAAGAGUUUAAAAAAUCUUUGUACAAUAACUGGUUUCUAGGGUCACCUUCAUCCACAAUCACAAAUACCAUCUCUUGAGUUUGCUGUUUCCUCUUUCUUUUUUUUUUUUCUUAAUCUUGGGGAGUUUUUCUUAUGCUUUUUUUUUUUUAUAGUUUAUAAUGUACAUCUUUCGAUGGGUGUUACAUCAUCAGGGAGGCAAUGAAUCAGGCUGUAUCCUUCAUUUUAUCUUU